AUGGAGACAGUUGAGAAAGAUGUUUUCAGCCUAGACAAAUUUGAAACACUUUCUUUAAAUGAUACAUCUAAUCCAAAUGGAGAAACAAAUGAGACUUCUAACUGCUUAGAUGAAGAAUUUUGCUGUGAUCAAGAUUUGGAUCAGAAAGAAACUGAAAUCAGAUCUGCCUUAGUUCAACAAACCAAAGAUUUAUACGAACAUUAUGCUAAAGAGCAGUUUCCCAGAGAUCCAGAUAAACAAAAAGAGUUGAUAGCUGAAAUGCAAGAGCAAUAUUUUGAUCAUUACCUUUCGGAAGUUUACAGGUUUCAAAUUAUUCAUCAACAGCAGCAAAUUGAACAGUUACGUGAAAUAAAGUCAGUUGGGAAAAAAUCGGAUGAUACAAAUGGUGAAUACGAAAGAGAUUCUCCAGUUUCACUACCUCUAAUCCCUGCGACAAUAUGGACUCGGAAGGAUAUUGCUGAGUUCAAACGAGAGAUUCUAGAUAUUCAAAAGGAAUGUUGUAUAAAGAUUGGCUCUUUAGCCACAGCAACGGUACGUGUACCAACUCAUCCCAAUGGAAAGGCUAUAUGCUGGGAAUUCGCCACAGAUUAUUAUGAUUUAGGCUUUGGUUUAUAUUUUGAAUGGGAUUUGGAACCACCUGAAAAUAUAUCAGUUAACAUCUCUGAGUCAAGUGAUGAAGAAGGCGGUGAAGAAGACGAUGAGGAUGGACCUAGUUAUAAUAAUUCUGGAGAAAAGCCCUCACCUGAGAAUGGAGAUAAAGAAUCUCCUCAUGAUUUGGAAUUGGGUAAGAGAUCAUCACAACCUCGAGUUCCUACUGAUGAACUUAUACCAAUUUAUAGAAGAGACUGCCAUACUGAAGUCUACUGUGGUACACAUCAAUAUCCGGGUGUUGGUGUAUACGUAUUUAAGUUUGAUAAUUCUUUCUCACUUUGGCGAUCUAAAUGGUUGUAUUAUCGUAUAUUCUACACGCAUUGA